AUGACCAAAAUGGCGGAUUCGUCGGUGGGUACUCGAUAGUCCCAAAUUAUUAUACAACUACAACGUUUAUAUUCAGAUGUGUGCCCUCAACGUUCGUGAAUAUAUAUUUUCAAUAUCUUAUCUUUCGACAGGUCGAUGUAGUCGAGGGCUGUAGGCUCCCUGUUCUCCGAAAAAAUCAGGAAAACGAAGAUGAGUGGCGUGAGUAUCGUCCUCUUGGCUACCACUAGGGUAGCUAGCGCUAACGUUAAUAGCGGCAUAAUAACACAACUGUCAUGACUGAAUGUUUGAAAACACAAGCGGCUAGCUACGGUAGUGACACAUAGGUAACAAAGGCACUGGUUGUGUUUAAUGGAGAUUUCAAUUGUUUACUAUUUGUCUAUCAGCUACGAAAGCACUAACGUUAGCUAGAUACAUAUUUUGAUUAUGUAGUUAUGCUGAAGUUAGCUACAUUUAACUUAACGUCGUCGUGUUUCGUCGAAAACAACUUUGCUAGCUAACUUUGUAGCCAAUGUAUAAAUUCAGACAGCGAAGAGACCCAUAGAUUGGUAGGUUUCUAGAUCUGUCAUGUCGUGUGAUGUUUUCUUUGCAGCCUUGGCCGAAAUUCUUAGUGUGAAAGAGAUCCCUGGGAGAAAACUCUACUAUGUCCACUAUAUUGACUGUGAGUAGCCGAUACUUCAUCAUGUAAUUCAGAGUAAAUGUGAGUGUAAUACUCCAAUAUUGCCAUUAGUGAUAUGGACAGAAGAAGCAGAUAUGUGUAAAUGUCAAAUUGGCAAAAAAUUUGACUAGAUGUCAACUCAGGUGUGUGUAUAUGUGUUUGUGCCUCUGCUUGUGUUUAAAGUCAACAAGCGUCUGGAUGAGUGGGUUACGCCGGACAGGCUUGACAUGAAGAAGCUCCAGUUCCCUAAGAAGGAAGCUAAAACGCCCACUAAGAACGGGCUUCCGGGGUCGCGGCCCAGCUCCCCGGAGAGAGAAGUGGUAAGAGCGGCCGGAGCUGGCACCCAACAUACUCCCAGCAGGCCCCCCCAGCCGCAAGCCCAGCAGAAGUCUAUACCCACCAAAACUUCUCUACCAGACUUUCAAGUGUUGCAACAACAAGCUCAGGUUUGGUAGUGGUGUCUUAAGCCCAAUCCUGGGAAUUGUACCCUGUUGCUUGCUAUCUACAUUAUAACCCAAUGUUUCUUUUCCUGCUGUCGUGCUUAAUGCUGAGAUUUUGGAAAUCUAUUUUUGUUAAACAACUACUCUACUGUACAACCCAAUUGUUAUUACCAACAUUUGGUCUGCAGUCUUUUGGAGCUAUGAUAUUUUAGAGAAAUUAGAUCAAUGAACAUGAUGAAAUGAAAGACCUUGCAAUGUGUGCUUCAUGAAUCAUUUCAAAGAUCUGUGAAAUGCUUAAUUCAAGAUUUCUGUGAAAUAAUGUUUCUCUGGUCUUGCCUCUGAUGAGAGACAGAAUUGUCAAAAUAAGGGGGUUGUAUUUCUUCUGUUACAUGAUAUACAAAUGUAUUUACACAUGUUUUAGCCUAAGUUUAUUAUAAAACACCAACAGGUUUGUAUUGUCUUGACCUUUAUUAGGUCAUUCUAUUUUUAAAAUGCACGUAUUAAAUCAUGCUCAGGUGUCUCUGUGCAAACUGUAUGUUUUUGUUUUGAUCUACUCAAGUAUAUGCUGUCAUGACUGGUUAUUGAUUAUGCUUUUAUUACAACGUUCAAUGAAUAACAUAAGUUCAAGUGAAAAAUACAGCUCAGUACUUGUGGUGGUUUGAGUGUGACUAUCAGUUAAUCCCCCUUUUCUUCCUUUCUGUUCAAAUUCAGAGGAAGAGUCUAGAUCUCAACCUUCAAACUGCCACUGCUCCUUCCAGAGGCAAAACCCUCCCCACACCGGUACAGCAUCAAUUUACCCAUUCUACACAGCCAUGAUUAAGAACUGUUUCGUCCACAAAGUCAGAAUGGGUUCAUAGCUCAAUUUGAAUAGUAACAACAACCACAUUUUAUGUAAGAACUUCUACAGAUGUAUAAUUCAAUUCAAAUCAAAUCAAAUUUUAUUUGCCACAUGCGCCGAAUACAACAGGUGUAGACAUUACAGUGAAAUGCUUACUUACAAGCCCUUAACCAACAAUGCAGUUUUUUAAAAGAAAAAAGUAAAAUGAAAAAAGUGUUAAGUAAAAAAAAAAAAAAGCAAAUAACUAAAGAGCAGCAGUAAAAUAAAAUAACAGUAGGGAGGCUAUAUACAGGGGGGUACCGGUACAGAGUCAAUGUGUGGGGGCACCGGCUAGUCGAGGUAAUUUAGGUAAUAUGUACAUGUGGGUAGAGUUCAAGUGACUAUGCAUAAAUAAUAAACAGAGCAGCAGCAGCGUAAAAAAGAGGGGGAUGGGGUGGGGGGGGGGGCAGUGCAAAUAGUCUGGGUAGCCAUGAUUAGCUGUUCAGGAGUCUUAUGGCUUGGGGGUAGAAGCUAUUGAGAAGCCUUUUGGACCUAGACUUGGCGCUCCAGUACCGCUUGCCGUGUGGUAGCAGAGAGAACAGUCUAUGACUAGGGUGGCUGGAGUCUUUGACAAUUUUGAGGGCCUUCCUCUGACACCGCCUGGUAUAGAGGUCCUGGAUCGCAGGAAGCUUGGCCCCAGUGAUGUACUGGGCCGUACGCACUACCCUCUGUAGUGCCUUGCGGUCGGAGGCCAAGUAGUUGCCAUACCAGGCGGUGAUGCAACCAGUCAGGAUGCUCUCGAUGGUGCAGCUGUAGAAUUUUUUGAGGAUCUGAGGACCCAUGCCAAAUCUUUUCAGUCUCCUGAGGAGGAAUAGGCUUUGUCGUGCCCUCUUCACGACUGUCUUGGUGUGUUUGGACCAUGAUAGUUCGUUGGUGAUGUGGACACCAAGGAACUUGAAGCUCUCAACCUGUUCCACUACAGCCCCGUCGAUGAGAAUGGGGGCGUGCUCAGUCCUCUUUUUUUUUCCUGUAGUCCACAAUCAUCUCCUUUGUCUUGGUCACGUUGAGGGAGAGGUUGUCAUCCUGGCACCACACGGCCAGGUCUCUGACCUCCUCCCUAUAGGCUGUCUCAUCGUUGUCGGUGAUCAGGCCUACCACUGUUGUGUCGUCGGCAAACUUAAUGAUGGUGUUGGAGUCGUGCCUGGCCAUGCAGUCAUGGGUGAACAGGGAGUACAGGAGGGGACUGAGCACGCACCCCUGAGGGGCACCCGUAUUGAGGAUCAGUGUGGCAGAUGUGUUGUUACCUACCCUUACCACCUGGGGGGCGGCCCGUCAGGAAGUCCAGGAUCCAGUUGCAGAGGGAGGUGUUAAGUCCCAGGAUCCUUAGCUUAGUGAUGAGCUUUGAGGGAACUAUGGUGUUGAGCUGUAGUCAAUGAAUAGCAUUCUCACGUAGGUGUUCCUCUUGUCCAGGUGGGAAAAGGCAGUGUGGAGUGCAAUAGAGAUUGCAUCAUCUGUGGAUCUGUUGGGGCGGUAUGCAAAUUGGAGUGUGUCUAGGGUUUCUGGGAUAAUGGUGUUGAUGUGAGCCAUGACCAGCCUUUCAAAGUGCUUCAUGGCUACAGACGUGAGUUCUACGGGUCGGUAGUAAUUUAGGCAGGUAAUCUUAGUGUCCUUGGGCACAGGGACUAUGGUGGUCUGCUUGAAACAUGUUGGUAUUACAGACUCAGUCAGAACAUGUUGAAAAUGUUAGUGAAGACACUUGCCAGUUGGUCAGCGCAUGCUCGGAGUACACGUCCAGGUAAUCCGUCUGGCCCUGCGGCCUUGUGAAUAUUGACCUGCUUAAAAGUCUUACUCACAUCGGCUACGGAGAGCGUGAUCACAUAUUCAUCUGGAACAGCUGAUGCUCUCAUGCAUGCUUCAGUGUUGCUUGCCUCGAAGCGAGCAUAGAAGGGAUUUAGCUUGUCUGUUAGCCUUGUCACUGGGCAUGAUUUAUAAGUAAGUGAUAUUGAUAAUUGGGGGGGGGGGGUUGUCCUAGACCUAGAAUAUGACUGUUUGGUAAUGUAAAAGAUAACUAGAACACCUCUGUUAUGCCCGUGGUAUGGUUGGGAUUUGAAAUCCCAUCAACAUAAUCUUAAAAGAUUAAUUAUUUUCAGUUGCUCCAAAGCUUUUUCUCAUGUCUGCCCAUGUCUCAUCUCUCAUACAGAAGAGGAAAGCAGAGUCUGUGUCCCUGGCAACACAAGUGUCCCCAGCAACCCCCGUGCCAUCCUUGCCAGGUUCGGCUGAAGCCUCCCAGGCGUCUGUUUACCCUGCUGUAAGGGACACCAACACCUUCAUCCUCAAAUCAAACGCCCGCGAUGACCAUGAGCAGCUUACCUCUCUCACCACGGUAAACCAGCACUUGAUAAUUUUGCGUUUCAGUAAUGAUCAAUCUCUAGUCUCCCACUAUUACUCUGUAGGUGUUUGAUUUGUUGUCUCCUCCCCUUUUCACAUUAUCCCAGAAUGGUACUGCCCGUCGCCCCAUGCCCAAUCAGCCAGGCAGGAAGAGGAAGCAGCCGCCCAACUGCGGGGGAACCGAUGAGGUAUGGAACACUUUAGGGAUUAUGGGAAUUGCUUCUUUAAUCAAGUCAUUAGUUGCCCUCAUUUCAGCUGUAGACCACCAUAUUUUCUCCCAUCAUUCACAUUUGUAGAGUAGCACACUUUAGCAACAUACUGGCAUCAACAAGUCAUUCUUAUGUUUUCAGAAAUUGUGUCAGCGUCCUUUUGGUUUGAAUACAUCAAAGAAGACAUAUAUUUUAAUACAGGAACUUGUUAUGGAUGUCAUUAUAGUACCCACUUAGAGAUAGGGCCCUUACUAUGCUAGACUAGUAUGAGCCGGGAUACUAGAUUAGCGUUGACUAGCAGGAUCUUACUUUCCUAGUCCUAUAGGUUUACCUUUCAUGGUUAUAUGGUUUCAGUUAGACAGUAAUCUGAAUCCGAUGCCUGUUUUAGCAAGCCAAGUCAAUUUAAUAUUGAUAUCGGCACAAGCACAUUUUCAACAAUAUUAUUUGCAGCAUUGUAGCUAGUGAUAGUGUGAGAAGGCGAAACUGCAUUUUACAUAAUUAUGUGUGCAUUCUGGAAUUAUCGACUAUUGUGAAUUAUUGCCUUCCCCUUUCUGUUUUAAUGUUAAGAUAUCCCUCCCAAAUGAACAAGGAAAGAAAGAACAGGUCAAUAUAAUAUAUGCAGAAAUCUCCCUGGUGACCUUUAACCCCCGAAUUGAUAAAAUUACAGUGUAAAUAAUAAUUUUCCUUCCCUCUUAAAUCAGUGUCCAAAAGCCCUCAUCCGCUUGUGUUUUUUCUGCUAGAUAAUAAAGGUUUUCCAGUAUAACAACAGCCCUCGAUGUGCCAAUGUCUAUCUGCCGCCAGGAGAGGUCCGUCUAAUUUCUUUCUCAUUGCCCCUGUGUCUCUUUGUUUAUGGAAUUAUUUUAAAGGUUAUGGCCUUCAAUCAGACCUUUGUUAUUUCAUAUGAGAGCUAUGUAAGGAAUGCUCAGUCUAGCUUUGUUUUGCUGUAAAAACUCCCUAUGUUUAAUCAGUUAUUUCAUCUUUAUUUAUUGGCUUUUAUUUUGACAAGAUUCUAAGCGAUGUAUCAGAUUAUGGAAUAAUAUCGUUCUCUUCCAUUCUGCUGCUCCUUUCUACCAUUUUGUAUCAGGACUCGCAGGACAGCUCUGAUGGCAUCCCCUCCGCCCCUCGCAUGACUGGCAGUCUGGUGUCAGACCGUAGCCAUGACGACAUUGUCACGCGUAUGAAGAACAUUGACUGCAUUGAACUGGGCCGCCACAGGCUGAAGCCCUGGUACUUCUCCCCCUACCCACAGGAACUGACCACAUUGCCUAUUCUCUACCUCUGCGAGUUCUGCCUCAAGUACCUCAAGAGCCUCAAGUGUCUGCAGAGGCAUCUGGUGAGAUACUAGAUUGGAAUAUCUGAAUGAAAUGUAUGUACCAACAAUACAAGAGACCGAGGAGAGGGUUGCUGUGCAGUCAUAGUAUUGUGUUUGAGCUGCAGAACACCAGGGGUCAACCAACCAGCUUGACAGAGCUAAGGGAUAUGGCACAGCUGCAUGUCCACCAGGAACUUGGAUACAGAUCCACCUUGUGUAUGCAUGUCAUUACACAUUAUUAUUCCUGCUCUCUCAUCCAGACCAAGUGUAAUCUUCGGCAUCCACCUGGCAAUGAGAUCUACCGCAAGGGCACCAUCUCCUUUUUUGAAAUAGACGGCAGAAAAAACAAAGUGAGUAAUGUCCAUGAUCCUCCCAGCUGCCUGGUCACACCUCGUCAAUGUAAUGAGUUUCUCGCUUCAUAACUCUUGUUUCUUCCAUGUUUGCCAGACAUACUCUCAGAACCUGUGUUUACUGGCCAAGUGUUUCCUGGACCACAAAACCCUGUACUAUGACACAGACCCCUUCCUCUUCUACGUCAUGACAGAGUACGACUCCAAGGGCUUCCACAUAGUGGGCUACUUCUCCAAGGUACAUUAAAUGCUUCUUAUCACCUGGUGCUUGCAGUUAAACCUGUUGCUCCUGAAUAUCAGCAAUAAUGCUAUGUACUACUUGACAUUACAACCAACUCCUUAGACAUUUUGAAAAUGCAGCCGAUGUACCCUUUUUAUCUGUGCGCAGGAGAAAGAGUCGACGGAAGAUUACAACGUGGCCUGUAUCCUCACCUUACCUCCCUACCAGCGGAGAGGCUACGGCAAAUUGCUCAUUGAGUUCAGUAAGUGAACCAGUAGGAAGUAACUGACUUUAAAACAUGGAUUUGAAUAUUUGAUCUAGGUGUUCAUCUGUACAACCAUUGUACUUCUACCUGUGUAUGUGUCAAAAUAAUCUGUGGGAGUGUGUUGAAAUGUGGCCAUUCAGUAUGCCAUAACUGAAGGUAUUGUCUUUUGGUCAUCAGGUUAUGAGCUCUCUAAGGUAGAGGGGAAGACGGGCACACCAGAGAAGCCUCUGUCUGACCUGGGGCUGCUUUCAUACCGCUCCUACUGGUCCCAGACCAUCCUGGAGAUCCUCAUGGACCUUAAGCCUGACAACGGGGAGAGGCCGCAGAUCACCAUCAAGUACACCUCUGUCCUGUUAUUCUCUCAGCUUGUUCUCUUUAAUAGUGCAAGUUGCUGUUAUUUCUGUAACCUAAUAUCAUGUCGUCUUGUGUAUUUCCAGUGACAUCAGCGAGAUCACCAGCGUCAAGAAAGAGGAUGUCAUAUCAACACUUCAGUACCUUAACCUAAUUAACUACUAUAAGGUGAGAGAUACCAGAGUGCAGGGGACAGCACUUCAGCACUGUACAUUUUUGCAAUUAAGGGGUAAUCUUGAUCAGCAUAUUUGAACCUCUUCUCUCCCUGUGGCUUCUCAGGGCCAGUAUAUCCUGACUCUUUCGGAGGACAUAGUGGAGGGGCAUGAGAGAGCAAUGCAGAAGCGUCACCUGCGCAUCGACUCCAAAUGCCUUCACUUCACCCCCAAGGACUGGAGCAAGAGGGGCAAAUGGUAGAACCCUAUCUGGUUCUCCUGGCCUCUCUCACGCUUUCUCUUACCGCAGACUUUCCUGAAGCACUCCGGGUGAAGAGCACCACACAGGUCUCCUCAGAGAGGGAGCUUCAAUACAAAUACCAUUUUUUCUGUCAUAAUCGAAGAUUUAAAAAUGAACACGAACUGUGUUGAUAUUCAGCGUCAUUUUUCUGAAUCAUGUCCAACCUCCUAUUGCCCUCACCAGAUUCUGUCUGUCAUUGGCACCAGUAGUUCCAUUAGCUUAGUCUCAAUAGUAGGAAUGGUCAUAUCUACUAAUGUUGGAUAGAUGACUCCUACCCUCUGUUUCUUCACCUUCCUGGCAUUUGUCUUACUCAGCUUUCAAAACUCUUAGACUAGUCAGUAAUUAGUAUGUGCUUAUGUUAGUGAAAAUAACUCUGUUAUUGUUUUGGAUGUAAUCCUGGAUUAUGACUACACAUAUCCACAGUCUCAUUGAUCCUACCCACUAUGAGAAUUACAGAUCUUACCCCUAACUGCUUGUGACCAGUAGGAAUUGUAUAUACUGUAAUAUACUGUUUUAUAAAGGAUUUUUUUAAAUGGUUUUGUAUUUCUGUAUGUUAAAUGAGAUGUGCGGGGAUGCUCAGUACAGAAAAUAAGACAUGCUGAACUCUUGCAAGAAAGUAUAUUUGGAUACCUCUACAGUUGACUGUCCUUAAAAAAAAAAACUAACACAUAUUUGACACAAUAUGCGUGUCAUUUAAUGAGACUAUUUACUGUACAUUUGUGUGUGUAUUGUAAGGGAUUUGUCACAAGUGAUUCAUACUUUAUGUUAUUGUGUUAAUGUUUACACAGUUAUUCUAUUUCCCUUCCUAUUUAAGUACAAAUUCUACAUGUAUUUGUCUUCUCUUGUAUUAUAUGAAUACAGUGAAUGGGUUUGAAAGUGGUUUAGAUUUAAGGAAAGGGUGGGAAUGGGUGAUUCAAAAUGUUUGGCUACAUAUUGAAAAAGGCUAUAAAUCUAACAAACAGAUGAGCUUGAUAUAAGAGCCUUAAAGAGAGAUUGCUUUACACAUCUAAUAAACCAGGACACUUUUACUGGG